GUUCUCUGCUCUGAACAGCAAACUCGAAGGCUAUUCUGAUCUUAUGCUUCUCCAUAGGACGUUUACCUUCCCAACUUCCCGUUAUUACACUUCUGCCACUGUCUUCCAUUCGCCUCUGCAUCUCCUUGAUCUGCUUCAACUCUCGAUUCAUCAUCGUUCCCUGAAACUUGCACAGCAAUCGCACGCUCAAAUCUUAGCACUGGGCUUUGGCCAAAACGCUUUCCUUUACACUCGACUCGUUUCUGCAUACUUUACAUGCGGAAAUUUAUCCAGCUCAAGACUCGUCUUUGACUCCAUUUCUCUCAAGAGUAUCUAUCUCUGGAACUCGUUGAUUAAUGGGUAUGCCAAGCAUCACGACUUUGAUGAAGCCUUUGCGUUGUUCCACGAAAUGAUUCGUACUAAUGUUGUGCCGGAUGACUAUACUCUUGCUACACUUUCCAAGAUUUCCGCUGAGACUGAGGACUUGAUUUCUGGGAAAUUGAUUCAUGCCAAGAGUGUAAAUAUUGGGUUUGUCUCGGAUGUCGUUUUAGCCAAUUCUCUGAUGUCAAUGUACUGCAAAUGCGGGGAAUUAGGUGAAGCUAGGAAGCUGUUCGAUGAAAUGGCUCAGAGGAACCUUUCUUCUUGGAAUGGUAUCAUUGCAGGAUGUGCUGCCUCAGAGGAUUGUGUGUCCCAUUUAGAUUUAUGGAAUUAUUUUCGGCGAAUGCAAAAUGAAGGGUUUAAGCCUAAUGCUUAUACAAUUGCAAGUGUCCUGCCUGCGUGUGGUAGCAAUACUGGGAGAUGGGAUUAUGGGAUGGAACUUCACGGUUUUCUUGUGAAGAAUGAACUGGAAUUAAAGAUGGACUUAGAUGUUCAUAUGGGGUCGUCUUUAAUAGAUAUGUACUCGAGAAGUAACAGAGUCGCUUACAGCAGACGGGUAUUUGACCGAAUGAAGUGCAGAAACGUAUACGUGUGGACGGCAAUGAUCAAGAGUUAUGUACAAAAUGGAGCACCCGAAGAAGCAGCGUCUCUUCUACAUGAAAUGCAAGUGGAAGGAGGGAUUCAGCCCAACAAGGUAACUCUAGUGAGCGUGCUUCCAGCUUGUAGCUCGCUUGCUGGAUUAACCGGAGGGAAACAAAUUCACGGUUUUGCAAUUAAAAUGGAUUUGAAUCAUGAUGUUUCCUUAUGUAACGCGUUGAUUGAUAUGUAUUCUAAAUGUGGGAGUUUGAGUUAUGCACGACGGGUAUUUGACAAUGGCGCUUUCUACAAAGACUCCAUUUCCUGGAGUUCAAUGAUCUCUGCAUAUGGAUUACAUGGGAGGGGGGAGGAUGCUGUCAAUAUGUAUUAUAAAAUGCUUCAGCUAGGAGCCAAGCCAGAUGUGAUAACAUUGGUCGGUGUUCUUUCAGCUUGUAGCAAGUCAGGAUUGGUAGACCAAGGCCUUAGUAUCUAUGACUCAUUCAUAACUAAGUAUGGAAUGAAACCAACAGCCGAGAUUUGUGCUUGUGUGGUGGAUAUGUUAGGUCGAUCAGGUCAACUUGAUGAAGCCAUGAAAUUCAUUAGAGAAAUGCCCAUAGAGCCCAGUGCAAGUGUUUGGGGAGCUGUUUUAAGUUCUUCCAUAAUGCAUGGGAAUUCAGUGACUAGAGACCUGGCUUAUAGGUUUCUGCUAGAGCUAGAACCUGAAAACCCAUCAAAUUAUAUCUCACUGUCAAAUUUAUAUGCUUCUCACAGAAGAUGGGAUGUUGUUGCUGAAAUGAGAACAAUGAUGAAAGAGAGAGGUUUAAGAAAGGUCCCAGGUUGCAGUUGGAUAACAAUUAGCGGUAAGACUUGCUCAUUUUAUGUUGCUGAUAAAGCACAUCCUUCUUCAAGUUUGAUCUAUGAAAUUCUGGAUGACCUCUUAUCAGUAAUGAAAGGAAAUGGUUGUUUGGAUAUUGAUAUUCUCACCGAGAUCUCCUGAUAUUGGAGGGAUGACAGUCUUGGGAGCAAGAGUAUUUAUAUCGCUGGUGUAGCUUGGAUGCUUGGCCAUCUCAAGAAUACUGACUUUUUAUUGACAUUACAUUAUUUAAAAUCAAUUAUGAUGAAUGGAUACUAUUUUGAGUGAAAACUGAGUUGAGGUUG